GUUGAUGGUGUUUGAUGAAGGAGUGUUUGUUAUAGACUUGUACAGGCUAGUGUUAAAUAUAAUAUACGCAUGAGAAGUAGUGAAAAGUGUUAAAUAUUAGUGGCAUGUACCGCAACAAUUGAAUUAUUGAUGAAAUUAGAAAUGAUAUUAGGGCUACGUGAUCGUGAGGACAUACUUAAUAUUUUAGGAUAUUACUAAUAUUUGGAAAUGGAGACGCAAUUAUCCGCGGCUUUAAUAGCCAAAUCCUUAAAUUAUCAUGGACAACAACUACAGAAAAUAUGGGAGAGCGAACGUGGCGAAAAUGAUUUAUAUAAAAUUGGCGUUCCCACACCUGAUUAUGCAGAAUAUCAAGUUAGGCAAAAAUUCUUAAAUUUUCAAGACCGGGGAAAGAGAUUGAAACUGCAGCAGUUUAUAGCCAAGAAAGCUAGUUUUUUAUUCGAUGUCGAUUUGCUACAAGAUUUGACUCCUACUGAAAAGCCUAAAAUCGAUGACAAGGACAGUGAAAAGAUAUAUGCGGUGCUCCCACCAUUUGAACUAUUUAUGAACAUGGAUAAAACAAAUAGGCAAAGGCACUUUUUUGAGGUUGUAAAGGCUGGUGAUUUAGUUAUGGGCACCAUUAUUAACAAAAGUACUUCAGGGAUGCUUCUCAAGAUUUUAUGUACAGUUGGCCAAGGUUCUAGUUGUCGAUUUGUUGCUGAUAUUAAUGUCAAGGCAUUCUGUUCUAUGUCAAAUACAAUACCAGCUUUCGAUGUGAAGAAGAAUACUACACGUGGCUAUGCCGUAAACGAUACUGUCAUUUGUGAGGUUCUAGAAGUAAUUCCAGACACCGAUAAAAUGUCCGUAGGCAUGAAGGGGUCAAUGCGCCAUACUGAAGACCCAACUGCUCCUCCCCUUGGAUUAAUUCAUGCCGAUGACUAUCCUAAUAUGUACAAGAAAGCUCUUGAUGCAAAAGGGGAGACUUACCAUGCAAUGCUUUCAAAAUGUCCUGGAUUCAACAAUCCAACUUGCAUUCAAUAUCUAUCUGAUAUUUUGGGCCUUGGAUCAGAAAAUCAUUCAAAUAUGAAAGCCUUCAGAAAACGUUUUCCUCAGCAGGAAUAUGUUAAUGAAUUACGACAGGCUCAGGCAAGUAAAUGGGCUUUCCGUUCUGUUGCUGAAGGAAUUGAACAUUUCAAAUCCAAUCGGCAUACUGAAGCUUUUGGUUGCCUAAAUAAAGCUCUAUCUAUAGAUCCAAGAAAUGUAGAAGGAUUAGUUGCAAGGGGUGCAUUAUAUGCUAAUACAGGAUCCUUUAAGAAAGCUAUAGAAGACUUCGAAAACGCAUUGAAAUUAAAUCCUGGUCAUGCUAAUGCAAGAAAAUAUAUGGGAGAAACAUUAGUCGCUUUAGGUCGAAGCUAUGAGGACGAUCAUAAAUAUGAUGAAGCCAGAAAAGCUUAUCAAGAUUGUUUAGCAAUUAUUCCAUACCACGAAGAAGCUAAAAGUUCUAUUGAAUACUUGAAGAACAAAAGUGGAGCGGUCAAACCAUUAAUCGAUGCUGGAGAAUUGCUUUUACCAAACCUGGUAUCUAGACAAUCCAAUCUUGAAGAUGAUGGGAAUGAAAGUCGUAAGGAUGGGUCUGGUAAGAAAAAGAAGAAAAAGGGCUCAAAAAUGAAGAAAAGACGGAACAACUCUAGCACUACUUCUAGUAGUAGCUCUUCUGACAGUUCACAAAGCAGUGAUAGUAGCUCCGAAAGUAGUUCAGAAAACAGUUCUAGCUCAACAGGCUCUGAUAAUGAAGGUGGUAAAAGGCGAAAGAAAAAGCGUUCUUCUCGUGAUCAUUCUAAAGCAAGAGGUUCUCUUUCACCUUUGAGUAAACGUAUGGCUUUGAUGGAUCCCCAACAACCACACAGUAAUACUGCAUCAAAUACUUUGCAGUUCAAUAAAGGUGCUCCACAAGGAGAUGAUUACGAAAAUAAGGUUCGAAAAUUCUUAGAGAUGACCCGUGAAGAUUCUGACUAUGAAGAGAAAGUUCGCAAGUUUUUAGAAGAAACUGCGAGGUUUAAAAAACAAAAGACAAUUCUGGCUGAAUCAGAAUCCUCAGUAGCGAAACCUAAGAGAAAAAAGAACAAGAAAGAUAAAUCUGGUGGUAAAGUUAAAAAGGAAAGCAAACGCAAACGCAAAGAACGUGAACGUAAAGAGCGAAAGGCAAUGAAAAGAGGUCGCCCAUUUGAUCUUAGAGAAUUUGAACAACAAAUGGAAAGCAAAAAGUUCAGAGAUGCUUUAAGAAAAGAAUUAUCUUCUCACAAACAUGGAGAGAUAUUAGAUGAAAUGAACAACGCUUCUAAAAAACAUCGAUCUAGAAAUAUCAGCACUGAUGAUGACAAAAUGUUCAAUCCAAUUUCAAAAGAUCUAGAUGAUUUGGAUGAAUUGGAGACAAAAUUGAAUGCUUAUUAUGCUAAAAUGGAAAAAGACCCCAUUUCUAAAAGGUCUGGUUCGCAAAUGAGUUUACAUGAAGAAUCACCUGAUCACAAUAAUCUAGGCAGAAGAGAACAUAAGAAUGCUCCUCCGCAUCUUGAAAAUUAUCCUCCAGAACCUGAUUCAGUGGAAGGGAAAUGGAAAAUGCAAUUUGGGAAAGAUAAUAGAUUUGCUGCGAAACAAGAGACUUCUAAAAAUAAGCUGGUGAAAUCUUAUCCUUUUGCGGCUUCUGAAUCUGAAGAUGAAAUGAAAGCGACAAAUAAUAUUGCAUUACCGCCUACCCCGACUGAAAGCAAAAUGGCGCGUAAAUCAUCAUCUAAGGCAGCCCCUCCACCUCCGCCCCCUUCAAGAAAACCUGAGGAAUUAAAACCGCCUUCACCAAAACAGCAGCCUAAAGGAAAUGUAGUUUUGGAUAAAUUUGGGAAUUUCAGAUUGGUUGAAGAGCCACCACCAGCAUUGCCAAAGGAUGACCCAUCACUCAUGGAUAGAAAAUCUCGUAGCAGAUCUAAGCCCAGAAAUUAUAGAUCAGGCAGCAGUAGAUCAAGAUCCAGAUCCAGCAGAGGCAAGCGUUCUCGCAGUGGAGGCAGCUAUCGCAAAUACAGCCGCAGCCGCUCUCGUUCUCGCAGCUACGCCAGCGGCAGCCGGUCCCGCUCUCGUUCCCGUUCACGGUCCCGCUCGUACGGCUCGAGAUCUCGUUCUCGUUCCCGCUCCUAUCGAAGCAACAGCCGCGGUCGCAGGUACGACCGCCGGCUUAACAAUCGCGGUCGCGGAGGAUGGGAUAAUCGCGGUACCUACUAUAAACCGCGGUUCAACAACAGUUUCCAGAAUCAAAAUCGCGGCGGAUUCCGCGGCAGAGGUGGAUAUCGCGAUUACGAUAGAAAUUACAGAGGUCGCGGCAGAGGAGGAGGAUAUAACAAUAAUUAUAGGAACAGGGGUCGCGGCCAGGGUCAUAGAGGUAGAUUUUUCAACAGGGGAGGUUUUAGAGAUUACAGGGAUAGAAGAUAUGAUAGAAGAUCCAGAGAUAGAAGUGAGGACAGAAGAAGUUACAGUGAUGAUGAUGAUCGAAAGGAUAGCAGAGAUCGCAAAAUGGAUGAUA